CGUCACGUUCUGUCAACCUACUAAUCACCGAGUGGUUAUCCUGAAUAAUGUUAGUGCAGAAUUUAAAGAAAGAGUAGUUGAGAUUAGAUAAACAGUUUCUUAUUUCUCUGUAUCUUAUCUAAUUGUGUAACAGCGAGCAAUUUUAUUUGAUAAAUUUGCGUAGUUUUCGUAUGUCAUUCCCAGUUUCAAAGUGGUUCUUCAAAGUUAAUCUCGCAUUUCUUAGUUCAAAUUUGCGAAAAAAACAAACUUUCCCUCAAUCAACGUACCAAUUUAACAUCAACAAAUUACAUGCAACACGUUUUGAAGUAAAUCAUAAAGUGACAGUUCGAAAAAUUAAUAAAAAGUGAUGGGUUUGCUGACUGAAGGAACUCCUUUAACUUGGGAAGAAACGAAAAAAUUGGCCGAACACGUGCGUCAACACGGAAUUAUCCAGUUUAUAAACUUAUACAAGCGUCUGAAAGACCGGCAAGGGGACGUGUUGAAAUGGGGCGACGAGGUAGAGUAUAUUCUUGUAAAAUUCAACGAGGAGAAAAAAGUGGCCAGAGUUAGCUUAAGAGCGGAUGAAAUCCUAACUGAAUUGAAUAAAAAAGAGUUGGAAAACCCAGAGACGGUUAAAUCGCUGUGGAGGCCUGAGUAUGGGGCUUACAUGAUUGAAGGCACUCCUGGAAAACCAUACGGGGGCUUAUUGGCUCAUUUCAACAUCGUGGAAGCCAAUAUGCGACACAGGAGGGAAGAAGCGUCCCAAUUGCUCAAAAGCGAUGAAUGUUUAAUGACCAUCACUAGUUUUCCCAGGCUCGGCUGCGAGAACUUCACCGACCCUCUCACUAAACCAACGCCGGACGAGGGCGCCACCCGUUCCCUGUUUUUCCCCGACGAUGCGGUUUUUUCGGGCCAUCCCCGGUUCAAAACAUUGUCUCGAAACAUCCGUCAAAGACGUGGUGAAAAAGUUGCCAUCAAUUUACCAAUCUUUAGAGAUCAAAAUACGCGAAUUCCCGUUGAUGAUUCCUACAAAUAUUCUUCGGCCGCUUUACCAGAUCAUGUCUAUAUGGAUGCGAUGGGUUUUGGUAUGGGUUGCUGCUGUUUGCAAUUGACUUUCCAAGCUUGCAACAUCACAGAGGCUAGGACUUUGUACGACCAAUUGACACCUUUGUGUCCAAUUAUGUUGGCUCUAACAGCAGCAUCACCUCUUCACCGCGGCUUUGUUACGGAUGUUGAUUGUCGAUGGAAUGUUAUUUCGUGUUCUGUUGAUUGUCGCACUAAGGAAGAACGCGGUUUAGUCCAGCUUAAAAACGAUAAAUUUGUGAUAAAAAAAUCACGAUAUGAUUCGAUAGAUUCAUAUUUGUCGCCACAAGGCGAAAAAUUCAAUGAUGUGCCCUUGAUAUAUGAUCCCAAAGUAUACCAACAGUUGGUUGAUAAUGACAUUGACCAUUUGUUGGCUCAACAUAUUGCUCAUCUUUUCAUUAGAGAUUCGGUUUCGUUAUUUUCGGAAAAAGUGCACCAAAAUGAUGAAGAGGAUACCGACCAUUUUGAAAACAUACAGUCGACCAAUUGGCAAACCAUGCGUUUUAAACCACCACCACCCAAUUCAACCAUUGGUUGGAGAGUUGAGUUCAGACCAUGUGAAGUCCAAAUAACCGAUUUCGAAAAUGCUGCCAUAGUUUGUUUUGUAGUUUUGUUAACACGUGUGAUUUUAUCUUACAAUUUGGACUUUCUAAUUCCAAUAAGCAGGGUGGACGAGAAUAUGCAAAAUGCGCAAAAACGGAACGCUUGCAUGGAACAAAAAUUCUGGUUUAGAAAGGAAGUUACGACUCAAAUUAGUCCACCGGAAGCCAAUGAGUGUUGUAAGAAAGGAACAACAAACUGUGAGCCUAAAAACUGUGAUGUUUACACUUGUAUGACCGUUAAUGAAAUUAUAAAUGGAAAGGACGGGGAAUUUCCAGGUUUGAUUCCUUUGAUUAAUACUUAUUUAAGUGGAAUGGAUGUUGAUGCGGAUACUCAUUGUACAAUACAACAGUAUUUGAAAUUUAUACAGCGUCGGGCUUCAGGUGAAAUACUCACCACAGCUUCUUGGUUACGAAAAUUCGUAACAGAACAUCCUGCAUAUAACAAAGAUUCUAAGGUAACAGAAGAGAUAAAUUACGAUUUGUUGAAAACAAUCAAAGGUAUCCAGUCUGGUGAAGUGUCUUGCCCGGAAUUAUUGGGUUAUUCUACAAUGUCUAAAACAAAAGAAAAUAUACCUUCGGCUUUGUCAAACUGUUAAAAACACGUUUGUUGAUUCGUACUUAACACCAUAGCUUUGAUCACGUAUUUUUUUAAAUGUUAACUUUUGCAAUUUUUUUAUUAUGUAGAUUGUAGUAUAAAUACAUCUUGAAAGCAUAACAGAGUGUCUAUUGUAAUUAAUUAAUUAUUGUCAGUAUUUAAAGAGAAGAGCAUUUAGGGUUUUUGAAAUAUAUUUAUAUGAUGAAAUCAUUUGUUGUGUCAAGUUUUUAAUAAAAUUAUUUUACUUA